AUGGGGAAUUUUGGGGGUACACCACUUCACGCGGAGAAAUCGAACUUAACCCUAAGAGAAUUAUCCACAGGAACUACACCUGCGGGGACCAAUGUACGUGAAAGGGGCAGCGGAAGCAUUGUAUGGAUGGGAGGAAAAGCUUGCUGGAUGGCCAACAACGCGAAAAUGCUUCUGUGCUUUCCUCGUGUGUCGUACCGGCGUCGCCUCUUGGUCUUUCAUUUUUCAGGAGUUGCCAUUGCUCACUCCCCUCCGCAUAUUCACUGUCCUAUUUUCCGAUAUCCCUCAGUAUGCUUACCGCACUGCCAAUUACGCGCCUUAAAAAUAUAUCUGCGUCGCAUCCGCUCCGCACUUUUCUUUUCGGGAAACGCCGCCCCUCAGUUAACCCGUCGUCCACACCUGACAAAACAUCCGCGCAUAGCAGUACAAACCACGAGAAACCAUCCCAUUAUCCCCGCUUAUUCCUGUCUCCCGCUUUGGUUCAGCAGGAAAUAUGCAAAUACACCCUAG